AUGGCAUUCGGCUCUUCUGAUGAUAUCGUCCUCGGGGACAUCGUCGCCGUCAACCACGGCACAUAUGGCCGCACCGAAGGCCUCGUUAUUGGAUCCCACGUUGACUACGCCGGCCGACAAAUCAUCGAGGUCCAGCUCCAACCGGGAGAAAUCUAUAAUGCUUGGUACCCCUCCGUAACACGCGUCAAGCGCACCAUCUCCUACACCCGCCCACAAGCGAGCCGCCGCACUGUCGAGCGCCGCAUCUACUGGUGA